AUGACAAGCGGAGAGCCUGAGGCUUUCGGCUUCGUGCCUGCGCACGUCGUUGCUGACCUUCAAGACAUCGGCAAUUGGAAGUCACGGGCGACAGCCAUCGAUGUGCUCCACAAAUGCCUCAACGGCGUAUCUAGCCCCUCUACCCUGGUGCCGGCACUCGCCGACUUCGUUAACUUCUUGGCGGGGCUCAUCGCCGACCCAAAUUUUAAGAUUGCCAUAUCAUCCAUGUCAAUUCUUGGGGACUUGGCGGCGAGGGUUGGCAGCGAGCUGGGGCCCUACCUCAGGGUGGUGGCCCCGGCGCUCCUGGAGAAGUUCGCGGACAGCAAGAUCCUGGUCCGUAGCGCGACCAUGAAGCUUGUGCGGCGGCUGAUGAACGCCUGCACUCCGGGCGCGGUUCUGGCGGUGCUGGGGCCCGCCAUCUCAAACAGCAACUGGCGUGUGCGGGAGGAGGUGCUCAAUACGUUCAUCAUGGCGCUUCUUAGUUUCGGUCCUGGUUCCUACGACCCGGUGGUGGCGUACCAGGUGCUGUCGGCGGGCUUGUCUGACGGUAAGGACAAGGUGCGGCUUGUGGCGCUGGAGGGCAUGGCGGUGCUGCACAGCCGCGUGAGCAGCGGUGAGCUGGAGGCGCUCAUGGCGGGGCAGCGGCCGGGGGGAGGGGGCCCGCUGCCUGAGGCGCUGCGGGCGCAGGUGGCGGCGCGGCUGGAGAACCCCGCGCUGCCGGGUAUCAAUGCUGACGGGCUGGUGGAGCAUGUGGUGGAGAUGCCAAGUGCGGAUAAUCCGGAUAUGCGCCUGGCGGAUGCGGUGUUUGGUGGCGGGGCAGGAGCCGCCAAGGCGCCGUGGACAGAGGCCACCAACACCCCGGCCAGGCCGCGGCUGCGUCCGGCAGCGACCAUGGACCCCCCGGGUGCCGGGCCGGGGUCGUCGGCUCUGGGCACCCGGCCGCCCAGCUUGGAGCAGGUGGGCCGGCUGGGGUCGGACCCCCUCCCUGGUGGCCGCCGCGACGGGGUGCCGCUGCUGGACACUGGCCUUGGGAGAGGGGGCCAACUGGCGCUGCCGGAUGAGCCGGGGGUCAUCAGUCCGGCCUUCCGGGCGGCGGGAGGAGGGGGAGGAGGAGGGGGAGGAGGAGCUGUGCCGCCGUUUGUGCACGCGCACACGAUCAGCAGGUUCGGUUCCCAGGAUCCUCUGGGGGGCGGUGCACCCAUCACCGCGGCCCCCGUGCUGGGCCCCAACGGCUGGGGCCCUCAGCCCCCUCAUCCCCCGCACUCCCACCCGCCCAGCCAGGGCCACCCCGGUCGCCCCCAUCUGGAUGAGCGGGCGGCCUCACCCUUCCGGGAGUCCUCCGGGGCAGUGGCGGGAACUGGCAGCUCGGACAGCCUGCAGGAGCUGCGGGGUGGCGGAGGUGGAGCCGGGGGAGGGGGCCCGCAUGGACACAUUGCGCACGGACACGGCCAUGCGAGUGCGCUGCAGCCGCUGAAGCACCACUGGGGGGCCUCACGGUCCAUGGAGAGUCACGGGCUGGUGGCUGGAAAGAGCCCCGUAGACAGCCUGGAGGACAGCCCCCUGUCCCCUUCCAAGGGGGGCUACACAGUGAUCCUGCAUGGCAGACACAGCGGCCCGGCAGUCACCGGGGACGGCUGCCAGCGGGAUAGCUUGGACCUGCUGACCCGACCCGCCAGCGUUCGCACCCAGGCGGCUGCGGAGCUGCGGGAGGGGGCCCGGGGACAGCCCCUGCACGCGCACACGCACACGCAGGCGCAGCAGCCGCACCCGCCCUCGCACCCGCACCCCCAGUCGCAAUCGCAGCAAUCGCAGCAGUCGAUGGUGUGGUUGCAGAGCAGCUUGGAGCCGGAGUCUGCAGGUACCCGUCAGGAGACGUUCAGUCCCAGCAAGGCCGAGAUGUUGGCGCGGCUCAAGAACCGGCAGAUUGAGAAGCGGGCGGCCACCGCGCAACAGUCGGACGCCUCCUCCUCCAGCACCACCUCAGUCGCCGCAGCGGCAGCAGCAGAGGCCGCCGCCGCCGCCCUCGCCGUCGCGAUGGGGACCGCUCCAAGCCCAUCAUCCUCCCACAGCGUCAACAACCCGCAACCGGCCCCGCGACGCCACCUUUUCGCCCAGACCUCCGACCCGCAGCGCACGGGCGACAGGAGUUACCCCCGAGGCGCAGAUGCUGCCUCCGCCUCGUCUUCCUCCCGCGGCUACGACAGCGCCGCCAGCACCCCCACUCGGGCGAUGGCCCCGUCGGGCAGCCCCUUUGACGACGGACCCUCUUCGGCUCAGAGCCACCGACCGCCCCGGGCCGGGGCCGGGGCCCUGGCGGCGCGGCUUGGCAGGGGGGCGCCCGUAUUGUUGCAAAUCAACCCUCAACCCCUCUUGUGCGCCUGUCCCUACGUCUUCCCCCCUCCCCCCCCCGCCAAAACACACACGUACACAGGAUCCUACGCCAUGCCGUCCUCCCUCCCCCCGGGCGAGGAGUCCCCGGCCAGGAACCCCUCACCCUCACCCUCACCUUCACCCGCACUGAACCGGCUGAGGGUGCGGUCCGCCGACCCUACCCCCCCCCUACCGGGAUCAUCCGGUGCCGCGCUGGGCCCCGCCACCCCCACUGGCAACGGUGGGGGGGGGCCCGCCGCUGCUGCGGCCGCCGGGCCCUUCUGGGAGAAGCCGCGGGGGGGUGUGGACGUGAGCACGGAGGAGCUGACACCGCUGGCGGAGCCGGAGAAGCACAUCAGAGUUGUGAUCUCCCGGCUGGUGGAGGCCAACCACUCGGACCGCAAGGCGCUGGACUGGCAGGGGCAGUACGAGGCGCUUGUGGACGCCCGGCGGCUUGUACGGCAUCACCCCGAGGAGUGCUUUACCCUCCUGGGUCGCGCCAUGGAUCGGGAGCUGGACGAGCUGGUGCCCGUGAUGCUCAAGAAGGCAGGGGAGGUCUCCAACGCGGGCCGCGACAACUUCCUCGCGGCGGAGGCCGACCGCACGCUGGGGGAGAUGUCCCGCUGCUGCGGGGAGUCGCGCUGCGUCACCGCGCUGCUUAGCUGUGCCGGACACAAGAACCCGUACGUGCGCGGCAAGGUGGCCUUCCACCUGGAUAACCUCCUGGAGGCGUGUGCUGGCGGCGGCGGUGGCCGCCAGGCGCUGUCCGGCAACACGGCCUGCCUGGAGCGGUUGUUCCGCACAGCUGCGGGGUUCUUGGAGGAGGGUUCCCUGGACACCCGCACCCACGGCAAGCGGGUGAUCUGGCAUGUGAAGUCCAUGUUGGCGAGCCGGGGGGAGUUUGACCGGCUUGUGGCGGGGGUGACGCCGCCGGGGCUGCAGCGCAAGGUGGUGGAAGUGGUGGAGGGGUUGAAUGGCCCGCCGCCGCCGCCAUCUCGCGGCGUGGUCGCUGGCGGCGCCGGUGGCGGUGGAGGUGGCAGCUGGCUGGCGUCGCGGCAGGGCGCUGCUGGCGGCAGCGCUGGCGGCAUGAUGAUGAUGAUGAUGGGGGUUGGCGGUGGCGGGAUUGCUAGUCCUGCGCGGCCGUUGUUGGAGCAGGUAGCGGGCAGCUUGACGCAGCCGCCGCCGCCAGUACGGCAGGGCAGCUACUCGGCGCCGUCGCCGAUGCACUCGGGCGGCGUGACGCCGGAGCGGCGGCGGCUGCCACGUCAGCGCACCACAGACCUGGACGGCAUUCCGGAGACCAGCGGCGGCAACAACAGCCGCAACAACAGCUCCAACGGCAGGUCGGGGCGCCUGAGCGCCGGCGCCGCCGCCGUUGGCCCUGGUGGGCCCGGCGCCGUUGGCUCCGCCGCCGGCCGCCUGCGCAGCACCGCCAGCGUAGACGGCUCCGGUUCCUUUGGCUUUGGCCCCGGUGUUUCCGAAGUGGUUGUGAAGUCGCUUCAGAUGUUGGGCGCCAAGGACUUCCGGGAGCGCAUGGACGCGCUGCGGGCGGUGGAGGGCGUGGCGGCGGCGCUGCCGGGCGCACCCGACACCCUGCUGAUGCAGCUCCUCGACGCUGUCGUGGCUCGGCUGGGCGACGCCAACGCCAAGGUCUCCACUCUGGCCCUGGAGCUGGUCGCCGGGCUCUCCGCUACGUUGCGGCAGCGGAUGGCCCUGGGGCUCAACACCCUGGUCCCGGCGCUGGCCGCAGCCCUGGGCUCCGCCAAUGAUAAGGUCCGGUCGGUGGCGGGCAUCGCCACGGAGGCCCUCGUGGGGGCCCUGGACCCGGGAAUGCUGGUCCAGCACUUCAGCCAUUGCGUGGCCAACGGCACGUUGCAGCGCGGCAAGCCGUUGCUGGCAGAGAAGCUGGUGCAAAUCGUGGGGGCGCUGUAUGUGAGUAAGCCGCAGCUGGUGGCGAGGUACGCGGUGCCGGCGGCGUUUGCGUUGCUGAACGACGGUCGUGGCGGGCCGGAGGCCAAGGCGGCGGCGGGUGUGUUGCUGGCGGGUCUGGCGAGGCUGAUGGGACCGGCGUUGCUGGAGCAGGCGUCGUCGUUGAGUGCGGUGGCGCAGCAGCGAGUGGCGGAUGCGGUGGCGGCGACGUGUCACCCUUGUCGCUGCUCCCACCCUCUGCGGCCCCGAUGUAGACGUAGACGCGGCCGCCGUUGA